UUCAUGGUGGUCUCUCUUUUACAACCAGCUUCCUCGUUGAGUUUUAAUGCUAAUCAAUUUCAAAGAUUUUUACCUACCAACGAAUGCGGUCAAUCUAACCCUCCUUAAAUUAUCGAAUUUGUUUGAGGAAACUGUAAAUUAAGCAAUGAUAGCGUGUUGUGCACAUUUUUUGGAAGACAAACUCAUAAAAUGUAAAACACAGACCCACAGAUAUAACGAUGCUUUAAGUCCCAAAACUAACAAAAAAAAAAAACCAAAAAAAAAAACAAAAACAAAAACAAAAAACUGGAUUUGAAAUGUUCCCUAAGUCGAUAAACAAAAAUAUCUGUAAUACCUUCAGUUUUACUUUAUUUUAUUUUUUUAUUUUUAAGACUUAUAGGUUUUACUCACACACAUGAUCUAUAAAAGUCGUGUCAUUCUUUCAUUAACGGGACCCGGUGCGAGUAGUCAGUCGUGUCAUGUAAGUAGAUGUUGUGAUGAAGUAGGACAAAGAACUUUGUGCCGCGGUCCCACCCACCAAACCCUAUCGCGAUUUGCUAAGAAGCAGACCCUUACAAAAAAAAAAAAAAAAAAAAAAGAAAAGAAAAGAAAGUCAUCAUGCUUGCCACACAGUCUUCGUCGAUAAUGGAGGACGAGGUCACAAAAAUUGUCGUCAACAGCACUGUCAGUGACUGGGAAACAGAUGACACACUCUGUUGUUCUUCGGAAAAACAAAGCAUUAUAGAAUGGUUUCUAAACUUCGAUCCACAAGUCGUGAUGUGGCAGUUCAUCCCGCCUGUCAUCAUCGUGCUCGGCACCUUCGGCAACGUGAUGACCAUCGUGAUAAUGAGGCGAAUGAGCGAGGGCCAGUCGUCACACACUAUGUCCUUGUACUUCACAGCGCUGGCCGUGUCCGACCUCGUACUCCUGUACUCAGGGCUGAUCAAGAAUUGGACCGUGUCGUUAGUGUUCCUCCUUCUCUCCUUGCCAUUAUGUAUUUACCUUAUCGUUGAAUACUACAUCAACACUGGCGAGGCUGUACUUGUGUACGCCGUGUGUGACUUAUCAUGGUACGCUAACAGCGCCAUCAACUUUUACCUGUACUGUCUGACCGGCUCCAGGUUUAAGAACGAGCUCAAGUCUUUGUUCUGCGGAAGAUUUCCAGCACCGAAACCAUCAGCCCUGACAUCUCGGACCAACCAGCGCUUCAAGUAA